GCUGAUGGAUCAAAUGGCUACAGAAUGUCCCUCUCGCCGCCUCCCUCACUCUCCGGCGAGUCCUGGUCGGCGCCGUUCUUGUUAGCGACAUUUUCGUCGGUGCCAUCUUGCCUCCUUGAGUCUUCAUCAUCGUCUGCCUCCUCGCCACAUUCUUCCUCUACUCGUUUAGCCAUUAUCGCAGAUCGUCGCAUCCCCGUCCAGAUCUGUCGUUGCUUGCAUCGCGUCGUUCUUUUCUCAGCACCGUCUCUUGUAGUAACUUCUUCUCCGGUAACAACAGCAGUCUUUCGAUUAAGCAGGUUUUCUCCUUCAGUCAAGAUCAUUGCAUCGCCGUCCAGAUCCACCGUUGCUCAUCGUCCGAAUUUUUCAGUAAAGCCGACAGAUAUAUAAUUUUUUAUUUUGUACUAUUUUUUUGUUGUUCUUCGCUUUUGACGCUAUUUUCAAAUUAUUUGCAUUAUGCAGUUUUUAAUUUCUGUUUUUUGUUUCUAAUUCAUGUACAUAUUAGGUCAAAUUUUAGGUACGUACUUUCUUUUUGAGGAAUCGAGUUCUAGGGAGACAAUCGAUUUUUCGUGUUUGU